AUGAUGUCAUCAGUGCAUGUGGUCCAGGUGCACACAGCUCUACUCUCUAGCCCCGCCCACUCUCAGACCCCGCCCCCUCUGCAGGUGUGGGGGGAGCUCUCUGAUGGGAGGGAGUGUGUUGUCCGUCGGACGGAUACGGACCUUGCCUGGAUGAUGAAGCGACUGGUCGACGGUUUCCCGGACGACCGCAAUACGCUGUCCAAUGAGCUGCUGAGCGGGCUGCUGAAGGUCCGUGCCACAGAGAAGAGUACUGAUGCAGACUCUAAAGUUCUGGAGGUAAACAAACUUCUGACGACGAUCAUCGAGCUGCCGCAGAAGUUCUCUCAGUCCGAAGCAGUGCGGACUUUCUUUGGACUGGACCAGGACCAGGAUCCAGCACAGGACUGGACUAGAGACCCAACUAAGACAGCUGGGAAGGGUCCAGAGAAGACCUCUGUGACCCAAGAAGAGCCCCGAGACCCAAGUCCAGGUCCAGACCAGGUCUCCCUCUGCCUGAGCGCAGACGUACUCCGAUGCAACGGCUUCUGUUUGGCCAACACUGAGACCAUCUUCUUUGACCAAUCACAGCACAGGGACCAGAGAAUGGACCAAUCAGAGCUGAGCAGCCGUGGCGCCGCCCAAUCAGAGCAUGGCAGACGGGCCAGCACUUCCUGUUUAGGCCACGCCCCAAACUGUGGACUAUCUCACAUGAUUGGACAAGCAGUAAGAGGGCGGAGCUUGAACUGGAAGAAGUCGCCGGCUUCUCAGCCCAACCCCUGGUGGUGA